GGCACUCAAUAAUUAGAGUCGCGCGCUGGGCGGGAAUGUAAGAUGGCGGAGUAGGAACGCGGUGCGCUAGGUGUUAAGGCUACUGGUUGACUAAGUGUCCAGUCUCCGCAGCGGCAGUAACCACUGAGCAAGAGCGCGUCCGUGUAGUUGCCCAAUAUGCCGAAUAUCAAAAUCUUCAGCGGGAGCUCCCACCAGGACUUAUCCCAGAAAAUUGCUGACCGCCUGGGCCUGGAGCUAGGCAAGGUGGUGACUAAGAAAUUCAGCAACCAGGAGACCUGUGUGGAAAUUGGAGAAAGUGUACGUGGAGAGGAUGUCUACAUUGUUCAGAGUGGGUGUGGUGAGAUAAAUGACAAUCUAAUGGAACUUUUAAUCAUGAUUAAUGCUUGCAAGAUUGCUUCAGCAAGCCGAGUUACUGCAGUCAUCCCAUGUUUCCCUUAUGCCCGCCAGGAUAAAAAGGAUAAGAGCCGGGCUCCCAUCUCAGCUAAGCUUGUUGCAAAUAUGCUAUCUGUCGCAGGAGCGGAUCAUAUUAUCACCAUGGAUCUACAUGCAUCUCAAAUUCAGGGCUUUUUUGAUAUCCCAGUGGACAACUUAUAUGCAGAGCCAGCUGUCUUAAAGUGGAUAAGGGAGAAUAUAUCUGAGUGGAGAAACUGUACUAUUGUCUCACCUGAUGCUGGUGGAGCCAAGAGAGUGACCUCCAUUGCAGACCGAUUGAAUGUGGAUUUUGCCUUGAUUCACAAGGAACGGAAGAAGGCCAAUGAAGUGGACCGCAUGGUGCUAGUAGGAGAUGUGAAGGAUCGGGUGGCUAUUCUUGUGGAUGACAUGGCUGACACUUGUGGUACCAUCUGUCAUGCCGCUGACAAACUUCUCUCAGCUGGAGCUACCAGAGUUUAUGCUAUCCUGACUCAUGGAAUCUUUUCUGGCCCAGCCAUUUCCCGUAUCAACAAUGCAUGCUUUGAAGCAGUAGUAGUCACCAAUACCAUACCUCAGGAGGAUAAGAUGAAACACUGCUCCAAAAUACAGGUGAUUGACAUCUCCAUGAUCCUUGCAGAAGCCAUCAGAAGAACCCACAAUGGCGAGUCUGUCUCCUACCUGUUCAGCCAUGUUCCUUUAUAACAGAAUAGCUUCUGAAGCUUUUUUGAAAAUAAACCAACCCCAUCCCUCACAUUUCUUGGUAUUUGAGUUCAGCAGAAGACCCAGCUUGCUCCAGUGUAGAUGUUUACAUCCCACAUUAGCUACAUUAGAAUUUAGCCUAAAUUGGAAAAAGACAGAUUGUGGUUAACUGCUAGGAUGUCCUACUUGUGUUGUUUCAUCCUGACUUGCUUGUUUAUUUUGUGAGCCUUGCAGCUUUAACUAGAGGUCAGCUGCUGAAAGAUGUAUAGUCUAUUGAGAAUAUUCCACAAGGUCCAUAGGACAUAAUUGACAGAGCUCAUACUCCAUUUCUCAGGAAUGCUUUGGGGUUUUUCUUCAUAGCAACAAAGUCAGCCCAUAUGUGAUACAUUUUCAGAGUUUUGUGCUAAACUAUAGCAAGAGCCCUGAGCAUCCUUAAACAUAGUUCCAGUAGUUGAGCACCCUGUUAGGCAGGGGCAGUAGCUCAAUGCAGUAAUUAACCUUUGGGAGGAAGAAGCCUGAUCCAUUGCUAUCUGUUUAACUCUAUAGCUUGAAUUCUCUAUACCUGUUCCUUUCCUUUUGGCUUUACCUUCAGCCAUUUUGACCUUUUCGUAGCCAAAAAUAUCUUGGACUCAGUGAUCAUUGUACUUGUACCAUACAUAAUCUUGUGUAAGAGACUUGCUUCUUGCUAUGUAGCUGCUAACUUUCUUGUUAGAUAACUUGCUGUAGUGUAGUCUUCCCUAGCCUAUUACCGCUAUGGCGGUAGCUUUGAGGUGAUGUCUUAGUUAGUGCCUUUGAUUAAUUUAAGUAUUUAAUUUUCAUCUUCCUUGGAUCCAUUUGGUCUCUCAAUUGAACAGAUUUCUGCUAAACAAUUUGGUGUUACAGUCUCUUGUUGAGAACUUAAUAAAAUGUCUGUUAAUGUAUG